AUGUUUAAUUUCGAAGAGGUCCAACUACAAUUUCAGAUCCUAUCGCCCAUACAAAAGCUUCUUGUGAAAGGCAAUGUGCUUUAUCUGGUGCUCAUCAAUGGUUUAGUGUACCGGAUCUAUCUAGACAACCCGGAAAAGGUCGAUAAGAUACAGGUAGACUCCAACAACGUCACCGUUGCGAACGCUUACUUGGACCCCUAUGGUUACCAUCUAGUGGUUCAAACGACCAAAAACGAAUACUUCUACCUAAAUAUCCAUUCUGUUCAGUUCAAGGCAUUAUCGAAGCUCAAGGGAAACUCAGUCUGUUCGUUUGUAUUUUUCGGUUCACAUGUCACCAAGAAAAAUACAGGUCCAAUCCUUGUGGGCACCACCACCGGCAUCAUCAAUGAGUACAGAAUAGAGUUGAAUAAAGAGAGGAGCUUCAAGCAGCUAUGGAGAGGAAAAGAUACAAUAACGGCGAUGCAUGCUACGCAAGACGAAAAGGAUAUCGUGUCACUAGUGGUUCAUCUGGGCGAGCGAAAACUUGCACGAUUUCAGGGUUCACUUGGAGACUCGUUACUGAAGAACAACCCUUUGCUAUUAUCUUUUGGUGUUAUUCGCCUGUUCACUGCUAAUGAGUCGUCAUUUGCAUUUAUUGAACAAACAGACGAUGGCAUUUCACGUUUGGUGAUUGGCGAUCUGGCCUUUCAAACCCGCAAUGAGCUCCAGCGAUACGAAAUCUCUGCAGCCGAUUACAAAAGCCUGCUUCUCACCAAAUACCAUGUGAUUGCAUCUUCCCGAAAUGAGAUGGUAAUUUUUAACCAGUUAAAUGGAAAGCGGGUGUCGCAAGAACACUUGAUUUUUGAUCUUUCCGAAAUGACAGCUGACUAUCGUAUGCAAACUUAUUGGGUGUAUUCCUCUUCGACUAUUUACGAAUUGGUGGCAGAUGAAGAACAUUCAGAUGUUUGGAAAGUGAUGAUGGAGAAAAAAAUGUAUGAUGAUGCUCUACAAUUGGUCGGAAGUGACCAGCUCAAGCGCGAUAUUGUGCUCAUAAAUAAGGGCUAUGAAUUGCUUGAGAAUGGAGAUACAGACGAGGCAGCCAGAAUUUUGGCAAAAACGUCGGAGUCCUUUGAGAAAGUGGUGCUGAAGUUCAUGAAAAGCCCAAGCCUGUUAGUGUAUUUGGAAGCUAAGCUCGACAAACUACCCAAAACAAUGUACAUGCAGCGUGUAAUGCUCACCAGCUGGAUGGUAGAGCUUUACGUGAAGAAAAUCAACUCUGGAGAGUCCCCGGACCUUGAAGGAUUCUUGAAAAAAUACCAAGACUCGGUCGACAAAGAAACAGUUUAUCAAAUAUUGCUCUCCCACAACAGGAAAGAAGAGCUAGAGCGAUUCUCUUCGAUGAUGAAAGACUACUCGUUUUUGUUGAGUUAUUACCUGAACUUACAGCAAUGGGACAAAGCACUGGAAAUAUUGUCUAAAGAGCAGAAACCAGAACUUAUCUAUAAAUGUGCAACAGCAUUACUUAUCAACUAUCCGGCUAAAACAGUGGACUUGUGGCUGCGUUUGGCAGAUGACUUGGACUUUAAGAAGUUGCUCCCCGUCAUACUGACAUACCAUAAAUCCAUAGCCCUGGGACACGGGAUUGCUCCCAAACACAAUCAUGCGCUCCGAUAUUUGAAAUUUCUUGUGAAGGAGAAACAGAACAAAGAUAAACUGGUGCACAAUACGCUUCUUUCGCUGCUGGUGACUUACCCUUCGGACGAUGAGAAGCUGGUAUUGAAUUACUUGGAAAACAGAUCGAAGACUCAUUUCAACCGCGAAAAAAGCUAUGAGGUGUUGUUUGAUGCAGACUUUGUGCUUCGAUUGUGUUUCGAGUACAACAGAAUUAAGAGUGCCAUUUUUAUCUACUCUAUGCUAGAAGAUUACGAAAGUGCAGUUUCAUUAGCAUUGAAACAUGGCCUGAUUGAGUCUGCUAUCCUCGUUGCAGACAAGACCUCUCCAUCGUUACAGCGCAAAAAUCUGUGGCUUCAGAUAUCUACCAUACUGAUUCAGAAAACGGUCAACAAUCAGCCUCUGAGUCUGGAUCUUGGAGAGGGCAAUAAAAUCUGCAACUUAUUGAGCUACCUGAUGGAGAAAUGUGAUCUCUUGACUAUGAAAGACCUGCUUCCUCUAUUCCCUGACUUUGUGGUCAUUGACGACUUUAAAGACGAGAUAGUGCGCUCUCUGGAGUCGCUUUCGAACGAUAUGGAGAAUCUAUCUACCGAAAUGACGGCAUCACUAAACCAGUCAGAAAAAAUAAGUCGCAAGAUGGAAGAGUUCCAGCAAGAUCGAUUCCAGAUCAUUGAGCCAAACGAGUCGUGUGGUCUUUGUGGCAAGAUCCUCGUUAUUCGAAAGUUUAUUGUGUUCCCAUGUCUACAUUCGUUCCAUCAAGAUUGCUUAGUAAGAGAAAUACUGGAGUCCACUGAUUAUAAAUCUAAGAAUGCUAUUUACAAGCUGCAAAAAAGGCUUUUAGCAGCAAAGGGUAACAAACCAAUGAUGGAAGAGCUCAAGCAGGAGAUAGACAAACUAUUAUCUGCCAAAUGCUGUCUGUGCAGUGACAUCAAAAUCAACAGCAUCGAAGAGCCGCUAGUCAAAAGCGUUGAUCAAGAGCAGAGCAAAUGGCUUUUGUGA